AUGGCUGCCCGGGGCGGGGAGAGGGACCCCCCGGACGCGUUGCAGAACCGCAUCCGCGCCGAGCGGGCCAAGAAGGAGCGCCAGUGGCAGCUGCUCUUCACGCAGUACACCGUGAACCCCCACCGUCCCGUUCACAUGGUUGCCAGGAAGCCAAUGGCUUGGCAUGAGAACAUACACGAGCCAAUAGAUGAUGAAUUCCUGAAUCUUCUUCACCGUGCAGCAGAGGUGCCAAGAAGGAAAUACUCAAAGCCACAGACUGAAAGCCAAGAAAUUGGCUGGCAUACAACACCUUUGGUGCCUUUGGACCACAGUGAUAUCAGAUUCUACUUCCCACGCUGGACAACUGAGAUUACUGUUCAUGGCUACCCUGCACCACGAGGACAGAAGUCUAAAGACUAG